CACCUGAUGGCUGGGCGGGUUCCCCUGGGUGCAGACCGGGCAGCAAUGGCACGUGAGAUGGAAACCACCUUCACUGAGAAUCUCAGAUAUGCUGCUGACCUCCUGGCCCAGGAAAACAUGAUUGGACUGGUGGAGCCUAUUAACAACCGCAUCACUGACCCUCGCUACUAUCUGAACACACCCCACCAAGCUGCUGCUAUCCUGGAGAAGGUUGGACGACCCAACCUGAAGCUGCAGCUGGACAUCUUUCACUGCCAGAUCAUGGAUGGGAAUCUGUCACGCAACCUGGAGACAUACUUCCCACUCAUUGGUCAUAUCCAGAUUGCGCAGGUGCCAGAGCGGCACGAGCCUGACAGCCCUGGGGAGCUGAACUUCCCCUACAUCUUCCAGCUCCUGGAGUCCUUUGGCUAUACUGGCUACGUGGGGUGCGAGUACGCUCCGAAGGGAGACACCCUGGAAGGUCUGGGCUGGCUACGCUCAUACUGGGAGAGCCAAGGGCUGCAGCCUAGUGGGACCAGCAAGGCAGCAGAGUAAAACAGGGAAACACUGGAAUAAAAAUCAAAGCUAUG